AAAAAAAACUUCUUUUAGAUAAAAGAUAUAAAGAGAAGCCCAAACAAAUUUCCUUCUCCGAGUCAUUCGGAUCCAUCUUUGAUGGAUUCCAACUUGGAAAAAUUCUUUCUUUCGUUCCCUUCCUCUCUUGUUUACUGGUUUUCUCUUCAUCUUCCUCCACAAACACAGCUUAAUUCCCUCCUCGUCUUCAUAUUUCUUUUUCCUCCUUUCCCUUCUUUUUAUCUUCUUCUCUCAUGUAUUUUCUUCUUCCUUAAUUUCUCCAUUCCCAUCUUUCCCUCUCCAACUCUCUGUUCAAAAAACAUGGCGAUUGGCAGGUCUCGCAGCAGUAAGCGUACUUCCUCUGGUUCCCACACCUCAACGGUAACCACCGUCGUCUUCGUAGCACUAUGCGUUUUAGGCGUAUGGAUGCUCACUUCCAACUCCGUCGUGCCGCCGCAAACAACCGAUCGAGCUGCCAAGAGUACUGCCGGCGGCGGUGAUGCGAACGGCAAUGUUGAUUUCUUGGAUACAUCCAAUACAGAACCCAUCACGAAACAAAAUAAUGUCGUGGAAGAGUCUUCUUCGAAGGAGCGAGAGAGUAAAGAUCAGCCGGCGUUUGAGGACAAUCCAGGUCAUCUUCCCGACGACGCCAUUAAAUCCGACGAGCCCGGGAAAGAGAAGACGAAUAAUAAGGAACAGGAGGUGAUCUCAGGUGUUGAUCAGGAUAAUACUCAACAGGGUGCGGAUGAUGAUCAAGAGAAGGAGAGAAUUAGACAGAUCGAAACCCAGAUAAAUGAGAUUGCGAUGAGUCAAAAUCAACAAGAAGAGCAAAAUAAUCAACAGACGACUGAUUCUGGUGAAACUGAUAAUAAUAACAAUAAUAAUAAUAAUAAUAACGACAAUAAUAAUGAUAAUAAACAGCAAAGCACAGGCAGCGAGGAAGGUGAUGACAAUGGCGAUCAAGACGGAAAAUCUGGUAAAGGAACAGAGAGUUCACAGGAAUCACAGACGCAGAAAUCAAAUGAAAACCCAACUGAGAACACGGAAACUCUGAAGGAGUUCGAGACGGAGCAGCGAGAGCAACGAGAAGAAGACUCCGGCGACCAGAAAAGUACACAAGAAAAUCAAAAUGGCGGAUCCAACCAGGAUUCAAAGAAGCAAGAAGAACAAAAACAGCAGCAGCAGGAGCAAAAACAGACAGGAAAUGAUCCAGAGGUCACUUUCAACGACGCGACGAAACAGCAACAGCCGCCGGAGAGUGGUUUCUUCAACGAGGUGACAGGGACGGAUGCGUCGCACCCGCAGCAAACUCAGAAAACUACAGAACAGAAACAAGACACUGAUCAGCAGAAUAAGAGCGAGUCGACUCAACAACCCAAACAAGCAUCGACUGCGUCGAACACUGGGAGUUUCCCGGGGGCAGGGAAUUCGGGAAUACCUAAAGAGUCAGCGGAGUCAAAGAAGUCAUGGAAGACGCAAGCAGCUCAGUCAAAGAACGAGAAAGCGAGACAGAUAGACGAGUCGACGGAAAAUGUCAACGGUUACACGUGGCGUCUUUGUAACGUAACAGCGGGCCCCGAUUAUAUUCCCUGUUUGGAUAACGUCAAAGCGUUAAGACUUCUGAAAACCACUGGGCAUUUCGAGCACCGUGAGAGACAUUGCCCUGAGGAUCCACCCACGUGCUUGGUCCCACUACCGGAAGGGUACAAGUGGUCAAUCCAAUGGCCUAAAAGCAGAGAUAAGAUAUGGUAUCAUAAUGUGCCACACACGAAACUAGCAGAGGUGAAAGGUCAUCAAAACUGGGUAAAAGUAACGGGAGAGUUUUUGACUUUUCCUGGUGGUGGUACCCAGUUCAUACAUGGCGCUCUCCACUACAUUGAUUACAUUCAGCAGUCGGUACCGGCAAUUAAAUGGGGAAAACAUACGCGAUCAAUAUUGGAUGUUGGGUGUGGGGUGGCAAGUUUUGGAGGUUACCUGUUUGAAAGGAAUGUCCUGACAAUGUCUUUUGCACCAAAAGAUGAGCAUGAGGCUCAGGUUCAAUUUGCCCUGGAAAGAGGAAUUCCUGCAAUAUCAGCUGUAAUGGGUUCUAAGCGCCUGCCAUUUCCAGCCAGAGUCUUUGAUCUCCUCCACUGUGCACGUUGCAGAGUUCCCUGGCACAACGAAGGGGGUCUGCUUCUUUUGGAGCUUAACAGAGUUCUGAGACCUGGAGGUUACUUUGUCUGGUCUGCUACUCCAGUGUACCAGCAGCUGGAAGAAGAUGUGGAAAUCUGGAAGGCAAUGUCUGCAUUGACAAAAUCCAUGUGUUGGGAACUUGUAACAAUCACAAAGGAUAAGCUCAAUGGCAUCGGUGCUGCUAUUUACCGUAAACCAACCACCAAUGACUGCUAUGAUAAAAGAGAACAGAACCAACCUCCCAUGUGUAAAAAUGACGAUGACCCUAAUGCUGCAUGGUAUGUACCACUGCAAGCAUGUAUGCACAGAGUGCCUACUAAUCCAACUGAGAGAGGAACCAAAUGGCCAGAAGAGUGGCCUCAUCGGUUAGAGACACCUCCUUAUUGGGUAAACAGCUCUCAAAUGGGAAUUUAUGGGAAACCAGCUCCUCAAGAUUUCUUAGCAGAUUAUGAACACUGGAAACAAGUAGUGACCAAGGUAUACAUGAAUGAAUUAGGAAUCAGCUGGUCCAAUGUCAGAAAUAUAAUGGACAUGAGAGCUGUUUAUGGAGGGUUUGCAGCAGCUCUCAAGGACCUUCCUGUCUGGGUGCUGAACGUUGUCAACAUAAAUGCUCCGGACACACUUCCAAUAAUCUACGAGCGAGGUCUCUUCGGGAUAUACCAUGAUUGGUGUGAAUCUUUCAGCACAUACCCUCGCUCCUAUGAUCUCCUGCAUGCUGAUCAUCUUUUCUCUACGUUAAAGACAAGGUGCCAGCUUGUUCCUGUAAUAGCAGAGGUUGAUAGAAUAGUCAGACCUGGAGGUAAAUUGAUAGUCCGCGAUGAAUCUAACACAAUCAGGGAAGUUGAGAAUCUGUUGAAGUCUCUGUUCUGGGAAGUUCAUUUAACUUUCUCCAAGAACCAAGAAGGGAUACUCAGUGCUCAGAAAGGAAACUGGAGGCCGGAUACAUAUGAAGUUUCUUCCUAAUCAGGAGGAAGAUCAAGUACCUGCAGCUUCUCAACCGUCUAUAUAGCUUGGCACUGAUUAGUAGUGUAGCAUAUGAUUUGAUGUAAGAUAUAUGUCAUUGUUAUAACUUGUUAUUUACGUUACAUGUAGAACUCUGAGGAAUAGAUAAAUUAUAGAGAAGUUAUGUAAAACGCUGCUUAAUGGCACA